GUGUGACACCAGUGGUUGGAGUCAACAGAUGGAGGGAGCAGAAGGAGAAGUCCUGGAACUGGGAAGGACUGGAGAGCACUGCAGCUGAAGGACACAAGAACAAACUGAAGACCAGGACAAGUCUGAGAAUGCUCCUCGACAUCAAGUGACAGCUGAAGAACAGGAUGAGUUUGGUGCACAGGCUGACUCAGCUGGUUGGAGUAUGGAGGUGGAAGAGGAGGGCCGGGCCGCCCCUGUGCACCGCCGCUGGCCUUCACUGGAGGACCUUCUGCUCCACCACCGCUCCAGACCCAGAUCCAGUAGAGACUCACAAGAGGAGGCUCAUCCAGUGGUUCAGCCACCUUCCCAACGAGGAGAAGCAGUUCGGCGGGUACUUCAGCCCCGACACCAUGCACGUGGACCCGCUGAUCCUGGAGAGGCGGCCUGAGGAGAGAGCCGGUCUGGUGAGCUCCCCCGUUCUGCCCCAGACCGGCAGCUCCUCUGUGACCGUGGAGCAGCUGUUCGAGGCCACGGACGUGCGGGACCAGGAGACGGGGGUCACCGUGCUGAUGUACGGAGCGGUGGGAACCGGAAAGAACACGGUGCUCCGAAAGCUGGUCCUGGACUGGUGCAGGGGGGCCGCGCUGACCCAGUUCAAGCUGCUGCUGCCCUUCUCCUGUGAGGAUCUCAGCCAUAUGACAAAGACAGUGUCUUUAAGGGACCUGGUGAGCAGGAAGUAUUUCCAUCUGAGAAAACACCCCCUGCUGAGCGGGGAGGGAAACCAGGCCAAGGACCUUCUCUUCCUGUUCCAUAAGAUGGAGAAGAUGAAGCUGGACUUCCGGAUCGGAUCCACAGAGCUGUGCAGUGACCCCAACGAGGCGCUGCCUGCAGGCGUAGUGGUGGUCAACCUGCUGAGGAAAUACAUGCUACCUGAGGUAACCUGCACACCUCUGCCACUGGACUGUGGAGCAGAGCUUCUCUGA